AUGGCACCCACCGACCCCAAGAAGGCGGCAGAACCUGCCAAGACCGAGGGCCCUCCCCAGCUCUCGGAUGUCAAGGAGCUGAUUGAUGCGAGCACGUUCGAGCAAAUCCUGGAAAUGGACGAUGACGACGACCGCGACUUCAGCAAGGGCAUCGUCUACGGGUUUUUCGACCAGGCCGAGAACACCUUUAACAAAAUUGAGAAGGCAAUCAAGGACAAGAAGCUCGACGAGCUCUCGUCUCUGGGCCACUUCCUCAAGGGAUCGUCCGCCACCCUGGGCCUGACCAACGUCAAGGACGGCUGCGAGAAGAUCCAGCACUACGGCGCCGGCAAGGACGAGACGGGCGCCGUCGACGAGCCCGACGACGAGGUGUCACUCAAGAACAUCGACACCACCCUCAAAGAAGUGAAAGUCGAGUACGCCAAGGUCGAGAACUUCCUGCGCCGCCUCUAUGGCGAGGAUAUCAAGCCAGUGGAAGAGGAGGCCAAGGAAACCAAAGAAACUAAGGAGACCAAGGAGGCCAAGCCGAAGGCUGAGUCUAAGGACUCGAAAUAA